UGCUUACACCUUUUCCCUCUCCAUUGUCAUAGCUACAUUGGCGAGGACGAGGUCUCUCUGCAUUUUUUCUUAAGCUGCCUUCUCUAGCUUUGUUCCCAAUCAUAUCACACCUAUACACAGUUCCUCCUUUUCCUUACCCUUCCCACCAUCCUCUUCUUCAAUCUUCCUUCUCCUAGCUUGCUAGCUAGCUAGAUUCCAUUCUCAAAUCUCAACUCCUAGUGCUUCCAGUAAGGGCUGUAGGAAGGUUUACCUCUCUCUCUCUCUCUCUCUCUCUCCACCAUGCAUGCAGGCAUCCAGUCAGCUCUGCACUUGGUCUAUUUUGCACGAGCGUGAGAUUAUCAAUUCGAAGAAAAUGGAGAACACAUUCAAUGGAAGUGGCCAACAAGAGCAUUGCAACUUUCAGUUCCAGUUCGACCCAGAUGAGGGCAGCUUACUUCACAACAACCACAUCCCCAUCACUCCAACACCCGACAACUUUCUACACUCAGCCAUCACUCUCACUCCGGAGGAGUAUCUGGACCUUGCUGGAAGUUCCCAGCCUUUGUAUCAUCAGGCAGAUCGCAAUACGAACCCAAUGAGCUCGGGAGGAUCCGCUAAUGGCGAAGGAUGCUCCAGCUACACUCCACCGGUGAACGAUUCCAGGAUGGCGAUGAUGCCGCCGCCGCCGCCCCCAGUCCAUCCUGCUCCGACGCUCGAGCCACAACCAACCUGCCCCGAGAAUAUGAUUCAAACCUGCCCCGAGAAUAUGGUUCAAAUCUGCCCCGAGAAUAUGCUGGGAUCGUCUGGGGGAAGCAACCAGUCUCCUCAAUUGAAUAUUCAGGCAGUCUCUAAUGCCAACAUGGUGCAACAAUUACAAGGAUAUACUAGCUGCAGCGAAGGCACAUACACUACUCACCAUGUUGCUCCCACUUUGGCACAGCCCAUGCCCUUCAAUCCUUCUUUCUUAAUUGAAGCACAGCGCCCUAAUUAUCUUCCAACAGAGCAUGAGCUUCCCAGCUGGGACUACUCAUAUAAUCCAUUUGGACUGUUUACUUCUAUGGAGCGCGGGGAGUCAUCAGGAACUCAGUCUGGAAGCAAACCACCAUGCUUUAAUCAAUCAGACCCCAUGCGAGUUCAUCUAGACUCCAACCAAAAUAUUCUGCAAUCAACAUGUGUCAGCUGGCAGCGUUUAUGUGACCCUCCUAAUGAGAACAACGCGAACAGCUUGCUGCAUAUGGGAACUGCCUUCUUCACUCCUUCUAUGAUUGCCACAACAGCGCCCUACCAAUAUCCCACUAUGGAGCUAGGUCAACAACAUGGAGUCCUUCCCUCGUUUCAUCAGGUGGAAGAGGACAUCAGUCUAUUCAACCAGAGUCAGCAACAAGCUCGUUAUGACAGUCUGCUUCAAAACCAGCUUAUGCAAUUGAGUCAACCAAUGGGAUCACUCAAUCAUCAAUUCCCUCCGAUGCACGUUCAUCAGCCGGUGCAGAACAUUGCUAGCAAUCAUAUCUUUAAUAUUGAUCAUCAGCAAGGAUCCCAGUGCAAUACUCCAUUCAGCUCUCAAGUCGCCCCUCAGGUGCAGAUGGAAGCUAAUGGUGGUGGGCUAUCGUCGCUCCUCAACCAACAGCAAGCCCCUUGGCCUUACCAUAGCCAGAACUCUUAUGCUUAUAUGCCUUCACUGGGGUUUCAACCAGUAGUACGUAGCAAUGGUCAGCCUUGUCAAGUCCAGGGGACCGCGAGCAUAUUUGAUUCACAAUUCUGUAAUCCCAGCAUGCAGGCUGAGUCUUAUGUGCUUCCGAGCAGGACCCAGCAGUUACCUGAUCAUCAGCAUGUCAAUCAAGUUCCAGCGGCACCUAGAGUGUUCAAUCUGGAAUGGUACCGCUCCUUGAUGUCUGAGUCUUCUAUGAUGCAUAGGCCUCCGCAGUUAAAUCAUCAACAACUUAAUGGAGACCCGCCAAGUGCUAAGGUACUCGAUCCUCAGGGUGCCAGCUCCAUGCUAUCUGCAGAAACGUCUAGGCCUCAGCAGCUAGUUCAAUACCACCAACAUACUACUCCAGUUCGGAUGACAUCGAACUCAUUUGAUACUUCAUACAAUUCCUUGCUAAUGGCCCCUUCCACACUUUUGAGAUCUCAGCCACUAUUGGAUCAACAUCAACAAUUGAAUGUAGUCCCAGUGACUUCCAACCCCAUAACUGAUCAACCUUCCAGCUCUUCCAGGCUGCAAGAGAUCAUCAUUCGUCACGAUCAACAGAAUCAAGUCCACCUGACACUGCCCAAUGUUGUUAGGCUGAUGCAGCAGAACAACAUGCCCACUGAAUCUUCAGUGCCUUCAAGGUCACAAGAAGUAGAACUCCAAGGACAGGCUGCAGAUAAAUCUACUGCACCAACUGGCUUAAGCUAUGGUACCCCUCAGCCAAGUCAAGUCUCAAACUGUUUUCGAACUCCGCAGAUCCUGCGAUCUUGCCCUCAGGAAACUCGUUCCCGUGACAAGGGAAAGGCAGUCAUGAUCUAUUCUCAUCCAGAAGCCUCUUCCAGCAAUUACAAUGAGGCUCGGAGAGGACGACGGCCUCGUGCUGCUAUGGCACCUGAAUCAGGGGAAACAUCAGCAUUACCUCGAGAUGGCAAGAGGAAAGCCAUCGACCUGCAAGGACGGAUCCCAGCAGCAGCCAAGGGCAAAAGAGUGAUGAGGGCUACAACUCGGCAAAACAGAACCCGAAGCCGAGGGCAAUCUGAUGAGCCAAGACCUUCUAGUUCAAGGAAGAUGCGCAAUCAGCUGUACGACAAGAAGUAUGAGUACAUCGGUCUGUCGGGGGAUCCCCACCUACGUAUGCUGGUAGAAGGCUAAGAAGAAGAAAUAUAGAAAACACUACCGCAACAGGCGCCGUAGCUGAUUCGAUGGAUGGCUGCCACAUUGGGCAGUGAGAGGGGGGGCUGUUCUUGGUGUCAUCAGCAUGCAGCGGAAUCCUUCUCUUCGUGAAUCUCAGUGUACCAUAAUGGGAUUUAUGCUUCCGUUCCAAAACUUUUAGGAAGAGCAGCCAGAAAUUAACAAGCUCUUUCGCUACAUGAAUAAUUAAUGGGACCAGUUGGUUUUUAUGUAUGUUUUUCCCUUCUGUUGCUGCCUGAAGUAUGGAGUCCAAGCUUGUCCUCGUCUUGUUUGUUCGUGUGCUAUGCUUUGAAUCUCAGUUUCUGGUUCUUGUUGUGUCAAUAAAUUAAUUAAACUGUAUCCCAGCUUGGCAAUCCUUUAUGUAAACUUAUAUAUAUAUAUAUAUAUAUAUGGUUUGAGUA